UCUCAAUUGCUGCUCUGCUCAUUAUCUUUACCAGUUCUCAUUGCAUAGCAAAGUUGUAUAACCUUUUCGUUAAAGCACACGCCCAAUUUAGCAAAGUGUUGCACACACGUACGCGAACAAAUUGCGUCAGUCUAUCUCAGUUGCAUCUACGCAUAAUACCUCCACGGGACCGACUACAAAUUCAAUAUGUCGACAACAUCAUUGGGCGCGACUACGGCGCCCUCGAAACCUCGAACCAAGCUAUUGGCAGCUCUACGAAAGUCAGAUUCGAGCGAUUCCUCGGAGAGCAGCGCGGAUUCCGCGAGUGAUGCUUCAGACAUUGAGGAUGUAUUUUCCACGACCAAACCGUCAUACGAAUCACGGCCUCAACUCAGAACCCAAUCGCCCGAGGCAGAAGAAGAAGUAGACGCAGAGAGCGCGUACCAGCGCAUGAAGCAGCGUUUGGCGGCUGAGAAGAAAUCACAAACGCAGCAAGCACAGAAAGCGACACCUAAACUUGUCACGGCUAUCGGCAGCGAUGAGGAAGAGGAGAUGCCGGUACGAAAACCUGUUAGGGUGUGCACAACAGCAAAGCAAAAGAGCUCGAGUCCUCGCGCGUCACCAACGCCAAGCGUCCGAUCACGCCAGUCGUCUCCUGGACUCUUCGUAUCACCAGGCCCAUCUCCAGUCAAAAGGCAAUCACCAGUUCGACCGUCUGCUGGUUCCGACUCAGAUCAAUCGUUACAACGCGCGUCUACUACCGACCUGCAAGAACGCGUCAAGCGUAUCAGAGCCGAGAGACUGGCAAAGCAGAAGGAGGAGGCGACUCAACUGGCACAGCGGAAGGCGUCUAAGCGCUCAUCUGAGCAAGAUGCGGGAAGUGACACCGAUGGCGAGGUCGAUAGGCGGUUGACACAACAGUCUAAGCCCACUAGGAGGGCAGGCAAGAAAGCUUUGGAAGCCAUGGCCCGUGACCAGCAACGGAUUAGUCGCAACAUGCAACUUACUCACCAGUCCAAGACGAAGAAGAGAUACACAGCAAAAGACCUGUUCGCCAAGUUUGGAUUCAACGCGCCAGACGACGAAAUAACUACAGCACCUCCCACCCCAGAACUCGCCACAGGGUUUCUAUCGUCAGAUGUAGAAGUUCAACCAAUGCACGACACGCCACCCACUAGUCCACCACGUCAAGACGAUGCCACGGAGAAGGCCACAACUGAAUUGGGCAACAUAACCCCAAGAGCGGCGGUUGUUGAGGAAGCGGACGACACUACACCCAUAACUACAAGAUUGGACAAAGGCAAAGGCCGCGCACCAGAGUUCGCACAUCUCCCGUCGCGAUCUUGGCCGACACAGGCACAACCAGUGACUGUUCAGCGUGCUCAAGUGCAAACUGUCGAGCUCUCAGACAAUACCAUGGUAGAGCUGUCAGACUCUGACGACGAUGCUAAGACGGCGCCGAAGAGCAGGUUUGCAGUCUUUGACCGGAUACGCACGAAGGAGCAGGACGGGUCGAAGUCGUUCGUGACCCUUCGUCACCUUGCACAUCUCACGUCCCCGAAGAACACACGCAAGGGACCAAAGACCAUCAGCCGCAGUGAGAUGCACUUCUCUCUUGCUCAGAAAGCUCGCCAGCAGGCACAGAAGGUUCGCGAGGAAAGGAUCGAAGAGCUCAAGCGACGCGGUAUCCAUAUCGAGACCGCGGAAGAGCGCGAGAAGAAUCAGAUGGAGAUCGAAGACAUGGUGGCCCAAUUUGAGAAGCAACGGCAGGAAGAUCUCAAACUAGCCAAGCUGGAGAAGAAGGAAGCCAAAGCCAAUGGUGAGCCUAUCGACGAGCUCCCCUCCAGCGAUGAGUCGGACGGUGAUUACGUUGGCAGCGGCGAAGAGAACGCGGCGGAGGGCGACGACGAAGACCAGGAAGAGGAGGAAGAGGAGGAAGAGGAGGAAGAGGCUGAACUCGAGCUCUCUGGCUCUGAAGAUGAGCCAAUGGAAGUUGAGGACGCUGAAGAGGCGGAUGCAUCCAAUGACUUGAUCGACGGCGCGGCCGAGGAGGCGGACGCUGAAGUAGAAGACGUGCCCAUGCCCCAAGCUGUUGAGUUGGCCGACGACGACGACGAUGAGCCUAGUGCGCCUGCGCGCAAACAAACAACAAAGCGAGCUCGUAGAGUUGUCGAUGAAGAGGAUGGGAGUGACAACGAAGCACCGACCUCUGGAUCACCCACCCAGCGAGCAACCCAAGAUGAUGCAAAGGCCGCCUUCGGAUUUGGCAACUCGAACACUGGUCUUGGGCUCACGCAGAUGUUCGUUGGCACGAUGGCAAACCUGGACGACUCACAAGCUACCUACCAAGAGCCCGAGCAAGACUCUCUGGACUUCUUGCGAAGCUUGCCGGACACCCAACCUGGCGUAAACCUUAGCCAGGCACAUGACACUCUGGUACCUAACAGCCAGUUGUUCAUGUCGCCUCUCAAGGAGUCACAGGCUGGAGCUGAGUCCCAGUUCAGCUUGGGUAUUGGUCAACUUGUUGGACCAAGCCCUUCGCGCACUCAAUAUUCUGAAGCCCCUGAGCCUACACAAGAUGCUGGCUUUUCCUUCUCUCGCUCGCCAGCUGGCUUCAUGGCUCCGAUUUCGACCGUUGAAACCGUGAUGAUGUCUGUUGCUGAAUCACCGAUCAAGAAGCGGGCCGGCAAGCUGCAGCGCGGUCGUCGUGAGGCCGCUGUCGACCUUUCUGACGUUGAAGAAGACCUUGUUGAUGCUGUUUCCGACUUGAGUGAUGUCGAUGACAUCCAACGGCCACCAAAGCACAGGGACGCAUUCCGCGCCAUGCAAAAGGGUGCGAAGAAGCAGAAGGCUAUCAACGACUUCAACAAGAAGACUAGUGCCGCUAAGGACGUCGUUGAGGAGCAGGCCGACGAGUCCGAAGACGAAUAUGCAGGUAUCGGUGGUGUCAGUGACGACGACAGCGACGAAGAAGACGAAGACUUAAAGAACAUGAUCGACCACAACGACGUCAAAGUUGACGAGCGCCAAAUCGCAGCCUUCUACGCCGACAAAUCCAAGAGAGACGACGAGAAGAACAUCAACCAACUCUACAAAGACCUCAUGAACGGCGGCCUGCGCAAGCGCGCCGGCCGCGACGCCUUCGACCUAUCCGACAGCGAAGACGAAGCGGAAAUGAAGCAGCGCAAGAAACGUGCCGACUUUGCACGCAUGCAGAAAGCGCUCAUGAGCGACGAGAAUAUCGGCAAGAUUGCGGAGAACCCGAAGCAGCAGGCUUUUUUCAAGACGCUGGCGGAUUUUGCGGAUGAUGCUGAUUAUGAUUUCCUGGAGAUGCCGGAGCCGAAGAGCGUUUUUGCUGAGGACUCGCAGAGUCAGUCUCAGUCCCAGCAACUGCAAGAUGAACUUGUAGGAGAAGGAGAGGCCGAAAUGGUGGUCCCAGACUCCCAGAACGACUCCAUGAACAUGCUCCCGUCCAACCCACUGAAGCGUAAAUCCCCCUCCUCCUCCCAAAAGGAGAACCGUCCACCACCUCAUCUCCGCCGCGCAGACAACGGCCUAGCACGCCGCCCAAUCACACUAGCCGACGUGCAGAACUCCGUCUCCGAGCUGCUUGAAGACUCGCGCGUCGUGGUGCCAGAUAGCCAGUACGCGUCGGACUCAGACUCGGAGCUUGAGAUCGUAGACAAACCAGUGCGCAAAGCUGUCGUCGACCGCCUAACUCUAUCUCGCCAAUCCACUCUCUCAGAAUCGCAGGAUAGUGCAGCGGGAAUGGCGUUCCACGCCCCAUCUCGCGGUCCUGCGGUACCGGGGUUCAGGGUGCCGAGUUUGAUAAGACAGGCGACCAGUAAUCUGUCUGCGACUUCUGAGCGGAGCGAGAGGACGAGUCAGGGUGGUGAGGGGAGUGUGAGGAGGGGCGGCACGGGCAGGAGUAAUAUCCAUGCCCAGGCGCGAGAGGCGGAGAGGAGGGCGUUGCUGGAGAAGAAGGAGAUGAGGAGGAAGGAGGUGUUGAGGAAGAAGGUUGAUAAGGGGAGGAAGGGGGGGAUGAGGAGUGUGUUGGGGGACUUGAGUGGGGGGUUUGAAUAG